AUGCGGAGAGCUGUCCAUGAAGCUAAGUUCCACCUUGUGCCAAGCAUCAAUGCUGUGAGUGGCAACCAGGAAUUGCAGUGGAUGGUACAGCCUCAUUUCCUGGGGUCAAGCGGCUACCCCCGGCCUUUGGCCUACCCCCAGUACAGUCCCCCACAGCUCCGGCCAGGAGUCAUUCGGGCCCUGGGGCCACCUCCAGGAGUUCGUAGUCGGACUUGUGAACAGAUCAGCCCGGAGGAGGAGGAGCGCCGCAGAGUGAGGCGCGAGCGGAACAAACUGGCUGCGGCCAAGUGCAGGAACCGGAGGAAGGAACUGACUGACUUCCUGCAGGCAGAGACUGACAAACUCGAGGAUGAGAAAUCCGGGCUGCAGCGAGAGAUAGAGGAGCUGCAGAAGCAGAAGGAGCGCCUGGAGCUGGUGCUGGAAGCCCACCGCCCCAUCUGCAAAAUCCCAGAAGUAGACAAGGAUAGGGAUCCAGGUGGUGUCAGCAGUACCAGAGGCACCAGCAGCCCACCAGCCCCCUGCCGUCCUGUACCUUGUAUUUCCCUUUCCCCAGGGCCCGUGCUUGAACCCGAGGCACUGCACACCCCAACACUCAUGACCACACCCUCUCUGACUCCUUUUACCCCAAGUCUGGUCUUUACCUAUCCCAGCACCCCUGAGCCUUGUGCCUCAGCUCAUCGAAAGAGUAGCAGCAGCAGUGGGGACCCAUCUUCAGACCCUCUAGGCUCCCCAACUCUCCUUGCUUUGUGAGACACCCAGUCCCACCCCUGCAGAUGCUACCCUAGCCAACAUGUCCCUUUCCCCCAUUGGUCCAGCAGGCCUGGAUCAUAUUCCAUACCCAAUGCCAGUAAUUUCUUCUC